UGAGGCCCUCUGCCCAUCUGCUCAUGGGCUGCAUCUGAGUCACUUCUCCUUCCAUUCCUUUUGGCAGUUGGCCGAGACUUCCUCUGUAUGCGAUGGGGCUAGUGACAAGGACACGCAGCCCGGCCCUGCUACUGACUAGUGUUCCACCUUGACAGAGAUGCCGGAGGGGCCAUCGGUGAGGAAGUUUCACCAUCUGGUCUCCCCCUUUGUGGGGCAGCAAGUGGUCAGGACAGGGGGCAGCAGUCAGAAGCUAAAUCCUGCCAGCUUUGAGUCCCUGUGGCUCCAGGACACCCAGGUCCAUGGAAAGAAAUUAUUCCUUAGAUUUGAUCCAGAUGAACAAAUUGUGUCCCCUGGCAACAACCCGCUGUCAGAGCCUCUACAAAAAUCAGAGCAGAAGGAAGAGGCUGGGCACCAGCAGAAAGUCUCUGAGCAGCCCUCCCUGCCCCCAGGCAGAGCCGACGUGCUCCCCAGCGGAGACGAUGGUCCGCAGCAUCUGGGGGAAGACACCCCUACAGGAGGUGCUGAGAGGUGGCUGCAGGUCAGGUUUGGUUUGUUUGGCAGCGUUUGGGUGAACGAGUUCUCCAGAGCGAAGAAAGCAAACAAGAGGGGUGACUGGAGGGACCCCAUUCCGAGGCUGGUCCUGCACUUCGGCGGUGGCGGCUUCCUGGCCUUCUAUAACUGCCAGAUGUCUUGGAGCUCUUCCCCGGUGGUCAGUCCCACCUCUGACAUCUUGUCAGAAGAGUUCCAUCGGGGACAAGCGCUGGAGGCUCUGGGCCGGGAUCAGCCUGUCUGCUAUACGCUGUUGGACCAGAGAUACUUCUCAGGCUUAGGGAACAUCAUUAAGAACGAGGUCCUGUUCAGAGCUGGGAUCCACCCUCUCUCUCCUGGUUCCCGCCUGGAUCCUCCGCGCCUCGAGGCCCUCGUGGAUCACGUGUUGGCCUUCAGUGCAGCCUGGCUUCAGGGCAAAUUCCAGGGCACUCAGCAGCACACGCAGGUCUACCAGAAGCAGCAGUGCCCCGCCGGGCACCAGGUCGUGAAGGAGGCGCUGGGGCCCCCUGGGGGCCUCCAGAGGCUCACCUGGUGGUGCCCCCAGUGCCAGCCCAGGUUGUCCCCGGACGAGCCAGGCGCUCAGGCCCCUUCUUCACAGGGCCGUGCCCUCGAGAGACCCUGAUGCCGAAGUGCUGAGAAAGGGGAUGUAGGCAGGGGUGGGGGCUGGGUGCCGGAGUUGGAGGGGGUGGCUCAGGGACGCCGUACUGUUGGUGUUCAUCUCACAGGAGUUAAAUCUGAGGCAGCUGCCAUAGUUUGAUUUUGUUCUAGUUCUGGUUAAUUCUUCCUAGCUAAUUCUACCAUUGUGGAAGGUGAGACAGAUCACAGUAGCAGUUAAGGGAAAGACCACCCGGAACGACAGUGGGGCCACGAAAAUGUGGGCCUGUGGAAGAUAGCUGUCCCAGCGCUGGAAACGUCGGCUGGUGUUAAGGCCCUCCCCAUGAGGACCGGGAAGGGGGGGGUGGGGUUCCGUCCUGUUCCCCAAGGGGGCUCCAGGGAUGAGGAGGGGGUGACAUGAGAGGAGGUCUUCCUGCCUGGACCCUUCCCUGUGGGAUGGAGACACCAGGAGAAGGAGGCGGGAGGUGGGGGGACCAGGGACCUGGCCCCCUGCCUGGUGUGCCCAGUGCGCUUUGGGAAAAGCUGCCUGUUUCCUCUCACGGUGAUGUAUCUGUGACUGUGAUGUGCAGGAAUCAAGGGCUGUACAGAUGCCCCCUCAGGCUAGCUAAAUGUAGAAGAAACCGGGACACGAAAUAAAGCUCUUUGUUACUU